AUGUAUUAUCUAGUGUUCAAAGAAAUAGAUGCUUGUUUUUCUCUUGAUAAGAGUAAAGGCUCUUCUUUUCAAUAUUGGUGCAUUUAUUUUCCGGCAUUGUAUAGCACACUUGUUAAGAUCUUGGUUGCCAAUAUCGAUACCUCCCUCGUUAUAACUGACGUCUACACAUACGUUGGUAUCAUCAGAGUCCGCCUGGGGCUAGCACAUACUAUAACAGUAUUUCAGGCCAUCCUCAGAACAAUCGUGAGUAUUAUAUUCGCCGGUGCAGCAAAGGCUUUUCAGCAACCUUUGUCCCACACGCUACCCAGGAGGCCAGUGUCACAUGUCUGGAUUAGUGCCUUCUCAGCUUUGAGAUCGGUUCUUGAAGUUGCUGUUUCCAACACCACGAGUGUCCUGGAUAAGCCAGACGUAUCCCUUCUGAUCAGUUCUGUCAGAGUGGUUAUGAAUAUGCAAGCUGAAGUCCGUCUAAUCUGUGAUAUGAUUGCGGCAAUCUCUGGCUACUAUACUUCUCCAUUUCCACCAGUACUGGGAGAAGCCGCGGUGGCAGGCAGAGUCCUAGUGAACCACCCAGCUUACAGACCUCUUGUGCUUUUCAAGCCAGGAUUUAUCAAUUUCAUUGGAUCAACGGUUCGGAAUACAUUAUACCUUUGA